GAAAGCUUUUGUGAUAGUUUUAUCGGUGAUCAAAAGUCAGGAACAGAUCGAUUUCUCAUAUUUCCUACUUUCAAUUUGUUUUAUCGACAUUGUAUGUAUAACUAUGUGAACUGCUGUCGAUUUUGAACCGUACAGUGUAAGAAAAUACGCUCAUUUAAGUGGAUGGUUUCGAAGUUGAUUUGGAAAAACGUCACAAGGCAGUAAUCCUAACCAAAACGAAUCCAACAUGUCAUAUGUGUACGUCGGCGACGAGUUCCGGCCAUUAAGAGUCACCGAUGAUGUAGGAAUAAGCACGCCCGUUGUUGAAGGGACGAGGCCGGCAGAUAGUGAAGAUUACUACUCCUCUGUUGAGCAAAACGUGAACGAUAGUAUAUACAGUGAUGUUGCUGAAUACGGUCUUUCUAAUAGUAAAAAACCACCGCCGCCUUUACCGAAGCCUUAUGCUAGCAGAUCGACAGAAAGCUUAAAUGCAAAUGAUGACGGCAAGAUGAGGAAACCACCACCGUUGCCUAAACCCUAUGGGAAAUCUUCCGAUAACCACGACGAGGAUAACGCUGUUUAUGCGGUCGUAAAGAAGCCUCCGACGCGAAAAGUCGCUUCUCAGAGUGAAGAACAUAAAAAGGAAGAAGAAGAUCCUCCGCCACUUCCGAGCAGACCAAACUUUGAAGAAGACGAGGAGUUGCUAAAAGAUCCCCUUAGCGAUGAGCAAUCGCGUGAUGAACUCAAUCAAAACUCCAGCUCAAUGAGCGCUAUUACGAAACAAACUCGGAACAAACAGGUUGGAAAAAGUACUGACGAAUCAAGGGUAGCGAAAAACAGACACACUGGCGAUGCAGUAGUCGACGUCCCAAACACUCCAAAGGCGUACAUAGUCACCGAUAUCCCAAACACUCCCAAGGCGUAUAUAGUUACAGAUAUUGUCUCCCAACCGUCAACAACAAUGUUUGGAGAACCCGAAAGGUACAGUGAUGAAACAGGAUCCAAUCCACACGAAAAAGACGAAACUGAUGGAGAAGAAACAGAUCUUCCUGACGGUUGGAAGAAAUAUCCAGGCAUUGAAAGACCUUAUUAUUGGCAUGUGGCGACUGGCCGGAUUCAAUAUGAAAAACCUCAGAAACAGGACAGCACGGAACCCUUUAGGAGAGCCAAACAUCCUCAGUCUGUAAAUACGCCGAAAGUACAGCAAAAACCGGAGCCGAUUACUGUGACCAGUUUUCCUGUUCACUCGAUGGGUUGGGUGGAGCUUGAAGAAAGCCAGGUUGCUCCUCACAACAUGACCGAUACCAUAGCCGAAUGCAUGAGAAUGCUUGCCAGGGAACGUAAGGACCUGUGGAAGACAUCCGAGACUUGGGGAUACGGUAAAGACUUACGUUUAUUGCUCGAAAAAGACAAUUUAAAGCUAGUUGAAGUACAAACUAACAAGAUCCUGCUCGUUCAACCAGUUUCGAAAAUGCGCGUUUGGGGCGCCGGCAGGGAGGAGCAGAGUGACUUUGCUUACGUCGCACGUGACCAGGCAUCGGGAAAACACAAGUGUCACGUGUUCCGUUGCCAUGGAAACAUUUUGGGAAGAGCAAUUCACAAUAAGCUACACGAAAUGUGCAGCAAGAUACUCGCGCAGAGAUCAAAAUCGAACAAUAAUCAUCAAGGGAGUGGAUCGCGACAAUGGUCGGACAUCCUGAACACUCCUCCAAAGCAAUCCGCUCUAGACCAAGUCGGUUUUAACGUGAAGCCAAAACCGGAGAACAAACGAAGCUUUUCAGGGAAAUUUAUCGGGAAGGUGGAAGUACCAAGACCGACAGGUAUCGACGUUGUACAUAGAGCAAUCGAUGUUGCUAUGGUCUCACGUGACCCAAGUGCGUGGCGGACAUGUUUGAUCGAGAUCACUGUAUCGAGCGUGCGCGCCACUGAUUGUUUGUCACAAGAGAUAAUUUCAGACAAUAGAAUCAAGUUUGUUUCGUUUAUUGGAGUCGCGAAAGACGUGAGAUAUUGUGGUUAUGUGUGUCGAGGUGACGAGAACUCCUCCUUUUUAUGUAACGUGUUUGAGUGCAUCCCGAAUGCUGCAAGUUUUACCAAAGCACUGGAGGAAGCUUGCAGGCUUCGUUUGCAGUCAUGCUUGGACACAAACCCAGAGUUAGCUGAAAAAAUAAAGGAGGACGCAAGACAAUCGGACAAACAAUCCAGCCAGUCUGGUCAUGGCAUUAAAGGCUUCCUUGGAAAACUUGCAAGUCAAGCAAAGAUGGCUGUACCAAGACGGGACACUUCGGAUGCUGUUUUAUCUAGUACUGAUGAAAAAAAAUACAGUGAAUUAUUAGUAAAAUACUAUGGAUGUCAUCCUGUAUCCGUCGGAACAGGACCUUCAGCUAUCAGAGAAGCUGUUACGGUUGCGCAAGGAACAACACUUUCCAUAAGUACGUUAAAAAUUUCGCAUCAAUAUAUAACGCUUGACGACUCAAUACAAAGCGGACUUUCUUGCCAAUGUAUCCCAUUGGAAAGGAUAUCAUACCUGGGGGUUGCGAGUGACAAAGCUCACUUUGGAUUGGUGGAGAGUCGUGGAGGCGGGCAGUUUGUAUGUCAUGUUUUUUCUGAGUAUAAAGUACCAGUUAGUAAAGUCAUUCACCUGAUCAGCAAGGUAUUAUGAGAUUGCAAUCCAAGAACAGCCACAGUCUUACUUUUCUCCAUUUCUCAUAAAAUUAAAAUAUAUUUUGCAUUCAAUCAACGUGUGUUCCAUCAAUGGCAACGCAGUAAUUUUCAUCAAUUUGUUCAACUUCGUGCAAUUUUUACUCUUCAAAUUGACUGAUUAACGACUAACGAGCGAUAUUUCAGAAUUUGUGAUUUCAUGCAGAUCAAUAAGUUAUAAUUAGAAACAAUACAAAAUAUGUAAUUAUGAUAUAAUAUGGUACAAGAGAACAAGUAUAUUUGAAUAGUAUUAAAUAUUGAUUCGUCAAGUGAACUCCGUGUUUUGCCCGAUCUUACUUCUAUUAAUAAAAACUGACGCUUUUCUUGUAAUGACAAUUAUUUUAAUAACAAUAAAAGCCUAAUACGUCCA